AUACGCCCGCAGUAGCAAAGUCGAAUUUCUGAUGCAACAUUCUGGAAGAAGUCUUAAAUACGUUGGGUGGACGAAUUUCGAUUAAAAAGUGCUGUGAGCUAUUCAUUAAAUAAAAUCUAUAUAAAGUUAUUAUAAACUAUCAAAUAUUUUAGUUUUCUUUGAAGCAAUUUAAUUCGGCGUGUAAAAUGACAGAAGAAGAUUCGAUCUUUGAUCCAAGCUUGAAGAAGAAGAAGAAGAAGAAGAAGGGCAUGUUUGACAUCGAUGGUGAAUUUAAUGAAUCUGGUAGUACGGGUGAUGCAAAUGAAAUUACCGGUAAUAAGGAAAACCAAGAGCCCGAGCCUCUAAUGGCUGAGGAUGACGAAACCUUGGAUUUAGAAAAUUUUGGAAAGAAAAAGAAAAAAAAGAAAAAGGCAUUUAAUUUGAACGACUUGGAUGCUGCUUUGCCAGACACUAAAAAAGAAGAUGUUAUGGAGCCACCGGUUGAAGAAACAGCUGUGGACGAUGACUUGGAUUUAGAUAUGGACUUUUCUAAAACAAAAAAGAAGAAGAAGAGGAAGAAGGAUUUAGAUGAAUUAGUAGCAGAAGAAGAACGGAAAGAUAUCGAAGACAAAGAAAAUGGCUGCACUGAAUCUGAGCAAAGUGCAGAGUACGUGGAGGUACCAAGUUUAUGGAUCGGAUCGGAUAGAGAUUAUACGUAUGAUGAAUUACUUGUACGAGUGUUUAACAUCAUGCGAGAAAAGAAUCCUGAUAUGGUGGCUGGUAAAAAGCAGAAGUUUGUUAUGCGUCCUCCACAGGUUGUACGUAUAGGUACAAAAAAAACAUCCUUCGCUAAUUUUACAGAGAUUUGUAAAACAUUGCAUAGACAAGCUAAACAUUUGCUUGAUUUCUUAUUGGCUGAAUUGGGUACUAGUGGUUCUGUAGAUGGUAACAGCCAACUUAUUAUCAAGGGACGUUUCCAGCAAAAACAAAUAGAGAAUGUCCUUAGGAGAUAUAUUAAGGAAUAUGUUACCUGUCACACGUGUCGUUCACCUGACACUAUUCUUCAGAAAGAUACUAGACUAUUUUUCUUACAAUGUGAAACCUGUGGAUCUAGGUGCUCUGUAGCCAGUAUAAAAUCUGGAUUUCAAGCUGUCACAGGAAAACGUGCUGCUAUUCGAGCAAAAACUGCCUAAACAAUUAAUCUUUAUUUUCCAUGGAAAAAAUCAUAAAAUUUUUUUUAACAAUCUAUCUCUCAGCUUGCUUAUAUCAAAAAGAUCAUACUCCUUUAAUUUAUUAUUAUUAUUAUUAUUUUUAUUAAUAAUAUUAUUAUAAUUAUUAUAUCAGUACAUAAAGCUAAACUGAAAGUAUUACUUAACAUGCACCAACAACAACAACAUCUAUAAAUAUUCGUCUCUAUUUUAAUUUGACUUUAUAUUACCAUAUUAAAAAGAAAAACAAACAAACAAACAAAACAAAACAUAACUGAAUGUAUAUAAAUGGUAAUAUCUAGAAGAUUAUCUAUCUAAUUUAUUUCGACAUAUAUUUCAUUUUCCUGUUGGAUUAUGCUGAUGAGUAAUACGCAUUAUUAUGCUCUUAAGGAAACAUUUUUUGUUUAAAUUCAUAUUAUUGAAUCAUCAUCAAAGAUAAUAAUUCAAAAUUACUUUAACCCAAAAUGCGUAGUUUAGUUAACGCAUUAUUUAUCUACGUCUCGCUGUCACCACCAUUUUAAAUAUAAUAUAUGUUUUACAAAACAACAAGCUCUAUAUUUGAGCAUAAAAUAAUAUAUAUAGUACUGAUUGUUAACAAUGCAAUUGAAAAAAAAA